AUGUUGACCACCAGAAAUAUAAUUCCUCGACUUUCAAAGGUCUUUCGUGGCUCAAGAACGUUAACUACCGGUGGUCAACGUGAAUUCCGAGUUGAUGAGGAAGGAGUUCAGCCACCAGCCUUGACUCAACUCAACGAGGAGGAGAAUGCUUUGAAGGAGACUGGUGAGUUGGUUUUUAGGUGGUAAAUGAUGGAUUUUGUAUUGUUUGGGUAUAGAAUGAGUAUUUAUAAGGUUUUAGUUAUAAAAAUUAGUGGCAUUAAGGUUUUAAUGGUAAUAUCUGGACUUAUAUUAACAUAGAUUAAUGUCUGCUCGUUUAGUAAAGAAGUUCUCGAACGAUGUGAUUAAGCCAUUGGUCAGAGAGAUGGACCAAAGCUCCAAAAUGGACACGCGGGUCAUUCAAGGCUGUUUUGAUAAUGGCGUAAGUUAAAAACUUGGUUCUUUGAUGUGUUUUGUGAUGUAAAGGUGUAUCAUCUAUAUUAUACUUGAUUGCCAAGGUACUUUAAGCUAUGUUUUACUCAAUAUUUGAUUUUUUAAGCUUAUAUUAUAUUAAUAUAAUAUGAGUACUAUAAUAUAAGUAUUACUAUCGCUUUUCAGUUAAUGGGUGUAGAAAUCCCGGAAGAAUUUGGCGGAGCUGGAGCGCCAUUCUUCUCAGUAGUCCAGAUCGUCGAGGAACUGGCCAAAGUGGACCCAUCAGUCUCAGUUUUUGUAGACGUCCAAAACACACUAGUAGUACCACUAAUCACUGAAUAUGGUACUCAAGCCCAAAAAGAAGCCUACCUGACUAGAUUGCACAAGGACUGGAUCGGCUGUUUCUGUUUAAGUGAAGCCGAAUCUGGUUCCGACGCUUUUGCCUUAAAAACGACGGCUAAGCCAGAUGGAGACGACUAUCUUAUUAAUGGUACCAAAUUGUGGAUCACCAACUCUGGUCACGCCAAUUUGUUCUUGGUUAUGGCUAAUGUGGACCCCUCUAAAGGUUACCGAGGCAUUACCUGCUUCUUGGUCGAAGGCGAUGCUAAGGGAUUGAGUGUGGGACGACCCGAAGAUAAGUUGGGCAUCAGAGCGUCGUCAACGUGCCCGGUCAACUUUGACAACGUUAGAGUACCAAAGUCGGCUAUUUUGGGAGAAUUGGGCAAAGGUAGGGUAAUAUGAUACAUAUCUUUUUGGGGCAGUUUUGGUAAAUAACUUUAGUUAAAAGUGUUGAUUUAGUGGUGUUUUGGUAAAUGGUCAUUGUUGGACAAGCUGAGUUAUACUUUUUCAGAUUUUUGAAAUCUUUAAAAUUAAAAAAAAAAUUUUUUAAAUUGAGCUUGGUCUCCCCCUGUUGUUUUUGAAAUUUUAAAAUUUUUUCAAUAUGUGAUUUUAGGCUACAAAAUGGCAAUUGAAUGCCUAAACGCGGGCCGUAUUGGAAUCGGCGCUCAAAUGAUUGGUCUAGCCGAGGGCUGCUUCGACCAAACCGUCCCAUACCUACAAGAAAGAAAACAGUUUGGACAACGUCUCAUCGACUUCCAAGGAAUGCAACAUCAAAUCGCAGAUGUAGCUACUGACAUUGAAGCCGCUCGCUUAAUGGUCUACAACGCUGCUCGUCUGAAGGGUACUAAUCAGCCCUACAUUAAGGAAGCCUGUAUGGCUAAGCUGUAUGCCUCGAACGUGGCCACAAAGGCCACUUCAAAGUGUGUCGAAUGGCUUGGUGGAGUUGGAUUCACAAAGGAGUUUCCAGUCGAAAAGUUCUACAGAGAUUGUAAGAUUGGUACUAUCUAUGAGGGUACCAGCAAUGUUCAGUUGAAUACUAUUGCCAAGUUGAUCGACAAUGAGUUCAAGCAGUAA